AUGGAGCUCGCUGGACUGUCACCGUCGGCGUCUUCGUCGCUGGUCACCAGAUGGGCGGAGAUACCGACAUCCUACCUGCUGGCGGAGCUCGCGCGCCGACAGGAGAAUCGAGAAAGACCAGCCUGCGGUUCUGGCAAGACCAAAUAUCCCUACAACACUUCAGUACAUGUUGGAGCAUUGUUUCUCAUUCUCUUCCUCUCGACACUCGCCUGCUCCUUCCCCGUGAUCGUCCGACGAUUUCCACGACUACCUGUUCCCAACCAUGCCAUCUUUAUCAGUCGACACUUUGGCACUGGAGUUUUGAUCGCGACCGCAUUCGUACAUCUUCUACCAACCGCCUUUGUCAGCCUUACAGAUCCAUGUCUUCCACCAUUUUGGAACAAGACAUACCCGGCUAUGGCCGGGUUCAUCUCGAUGAUCAGCGUCCUGUUCGUGGUCGGGGUGGAGAUGUUUUUUGCCAUCAAGGGAGCUGUUCACAGUCACAACGAGGACGAGGAUGGAUCGAUAUCGGGCGAUGUGGAGGAGUCGGAAGAAGGUGAGAGGGUUCGUGCUACAAGCAUUGACAAGCCUCUACCGUUGCUCCCAAAGUCUGGCGAUGGCGACAAUGACUCCGACCUGGAUCUCGACGAGCUCGAUCCCAUCACAGACGAUAUGCAACCUCUGACAGGCAGAUCUGCUUCACGAGGUGGAGAGAGCAGCGAAAAUGGCCAUCAACGACCGAAGAACAAAUCCCGCCAAGUUUCCUUCGCGGAAUCGCCCUCCUACCACGAAGCCGAGCCGGACGCGAGUGCAAACGAGAAGCGCAUGAUCCUCCAAUGUCUCCUUCUCGAAGCCGGGAUCCUCUUCCACAGCGUCUUCAUCGGCAUGGCGCUCUCCGUCUCCACGGGCCCGGCCUUCGCCGUGCUCCUUCUCGCCAUCAGCUUCCAUCAGACAUUCGAGGGUCUGGCUCUCGGUACCCGAAUCGCCGCCAUUAAAUCCUUCUCGACGAGCAGCACGAAGCCGUGGCUCAUGAGUCUCAUGUACGGCAUCACCACGCCCAUCGGUCAGGCGAUCGGUCUCGCUGUGCACACGCUCUACGACCCUGCUAGUGAAUUUGGAUUGCUUAUGGUGGGCAUUGUUAAUGGCAUCAGUAGCGGAUUGCUGCUGUACGCGGGAUUGGUGCAGCUCAUCGCAGAGGACUUUUUGAGCGAUCACAGCUAUGUAGAAUUACAGGGACGACGGCGUGUACAGGCUUGCCUCGCGGUAGUCGCGGGUGGGCUGUUGAUGGCGUUGGUUGGAGCAUUUGCAUAG